CCCUCUUCAUAUCGAGGCUCUUUCUUGUCAUGACAGUCAUACAGUUCGCGCCUCUUACGUCCCAGAUCAACCCAACCUUCUGGCACAAGCUCACCCAGCUCAAGAUCGAUGUCCUGCGCCUCUCAGACGCGCAGGUGCCCAUCACCGCCACCUACACCGAGGGGCGGCUGAUUAAGGACCGCGAGGGCGGGAGGGAUAUCGCAUUGGCUGGGAGCGUGGUCCUCGAUGAAUCCUCCUUUGACGACGCGCCGCAAGGGGUGGGGAAGGGGAAGGGGAGGAUGAAAGGCGUGCUCAAGAACUUCAACACGAUCGAGGAGUUCAAGAGCUGCGACAAGGCGGCGAUGCUAAAUGAAGUAGCGGACAAGACCUGGUCGUCUAUAACCUCGGAUUCUGAGCCAGAGCUCGCGCCCUUUCUUCUUCUGACCUACGCCGACCUCAAGAAGUACAAGUACUUCUACUGGUUCGCCUUCCCCGCAUUCCUGACGAAGCCCGCAUGGGAGGUAUCUGGCACCAUCCAACCGCUAUCGCAGUCUCCCGAGCUCUCGAGCACCUUAUCCUCUGUCAACCCCGACGACAUCCCCCAGUUCUUCCAUGUCAAUGGAUCCAAGCUCGAACCGAUAUCCACUUUCAAGCCCACACAAGAAACCCCUACCUUCGGGUUCAUCGACCCCUCCCCUACCCCCGAGAACCCCGGCUGGCCCGUCCGCAACCUCCUCACCCACCUCCUCGCGAAGCACCACAUCACACGCGCGCAAAUAGUUUCCUGGCGUGGCACGCCCGAAUCAAGCUCCCUCUUCACUGCUACUGUGCCUGAGCAGACCUCACUCGCGCCCUCCCCGCGCCCCGCCGCCGCGGGCUGGGAGCGCAACCCGCAGGGCAAGCUCGGGCCCCGGAUGGCCGACCUGGGCAGCAUGAUGGACCCCGUGCGCCUCUCGCUGCAGGCGACCGCGCUCAACCUGAAGCUCAUGCGCUGGCGCGUGCUCCCCGGGCUCGACCUCGAGAAGAUCGCCGCGCAGAAGUGCCUGCUGCUGGGCGCGGGGACGCUGGGGUGCUAUGUGGCGAGGGCGCUGGUGGCGUAUAACACGGAGAAGAUCACGCUGGUGGAUAGCUCGCGGGUGUCGUUUUCGAAUCCGGCCAGGCAGCCGUUGUUCACGUUCGAGGAUUGUGUGGGGGAUAAUGGGCAGGGGAAGUGGAAGGCGGCGUGUGCGGCGGAGCGGUUGAAGGAGGUAUGGAAGGGGGUGGAUGCGCAGGGCGUGAAUAUGUCGAUCCCGAUGCCAGGGCAUCCGGUACCCAAGGCGGAGGAGGAGAAGGCGAAGAAGGCCCUUGCCGACUUGACAGAGCUGGUCAAGGCGCACGACGUGAUAUUCCUCCUCAUGGACUCGCGAGAGAGCCGCUGGCUACCUACUGUGCUCGGUGGCCUCUACAACAAGAUUGUCCUCAAUGCCGCCCUCGGCUUCGACACCUUCCUCGUCAUGCGCCACGGUCCCCGCGCUACCGCGCACGCUGAGCACGUCGCGAAGACAGGAAAGGAGACGAAGCGUCUCGGUUGCUACUACUGCAACGACAUCGUUGCCCCGGGCGAUUCUCUCACCGACCGGACCCUCGACCAGAUGUGCACCGUAACGCGCCCGGGACUGGCGCCCAUCGCCUCUGCCAGUGCUGUCGAGAUGCUCAUGUCGCUGCUGAUGCAUCCGGACGGGAUCCACGCCCCCGCGCCUCCGACUAACGCCUUCUCCCAAACCUCCACGCACAACCUCUCCGCGGACGACGGUGCGGGCAUCCUUGGCCUCGUCCCGCACCAGCUGCGCGGGUUCCUCGCGAACUUCAGGAAUAUGGGCAUCACGGGCGAGGCGUUCGACAGGUGUACGGGGUGCAGUGAGAAGAUCCUCACCCAAUUCGCAUCAGACCCAGUUGGUACACUCCUCAACGCGUGCAACGAUACGAAGUACCUGGAGAAAGUCACCGGGCUCGAUAAGCUGUACGAGGAAGGCAAGGCGGCGCUCGAGGCCAUGGAGGCCGAGGCGGUCGAUAUGAGCGACGAGGAUGACUUCUGAGUUUGGCUGACAUUUGGAGUGCUGAGUUCUCAGGCUUGAGAGAGGAAUGCGUCCAGCAGUUGGGAGCACGUCAGUUGGGGAGCACGUCACGAAAUAGUAUACGACAGAAUUGAUAUUUGGAAUCUGUGCUACACUUCAUUUGUAUCGUUACAGUCGUGGAUAUAGGUAUGGUACGUACGUCGAGGCCGUGUAGAGUAGUAUGCAAUAUGUACAGUUUAGUGGUGUAAUGUCGAUGCUAUGCUUUCAAGUUGUCUUGUCCGAGUAGGUAGUGGACGGGAGAAGAAGAGGGUAUGAGAAUGCAGGAUGCGGGUAUGAAAGGAAGAGGGUAUGAUGAACAUGAGAGAAGUUAGUCGACGCGAACAGAAUCGAGCACUACCAGCGGGCCUUCCGAUCCAGCGUCCAGCGCGGCGACGGGCCCUCCAUCAACCCCAACAAGAUCUUCCACGUAUCAUCCGCAUACACCUG